CGAUGUGGAAAUACGCAAAUCCGAACCACCCAGCCUUACAAAUCCUCUAGUCGGGAUUCCUCGCCCGCGCAACGAUACAGUUCUAGUGAAUCACUGUAUCAUCACCCAAAGCAAUCUGGGUAUCCUCCAACUCAAGCUUCAAGUUCCAAAGCGCAACCCCCGCAUCAUCCCAUGUACCCCCCGGCGGGGAGCGAACAUCCAGGAUCUUCGUCUCAAUACGGCCCUGUGGGGAAAAGCCCUUAUCCAAGCUCAUCGUACGAACGGCCUCCGGACAAUCCAUCUGUGAUAAGCAAUACCUACAGUCAAGAACGUGGCUCGUCGAGUAGAUCUAUGUAUCCAGAAGCCAGACAACAUCCUCACGUGGAUCCAUAUCCAGCGGCGGGACAUCCAUAUCAACCGGCCGUACCUCCAGCCAAAUCAGCUUCCUCGCAUCCUUACCCGCACCUUCCAGGACAGGCUCCAGCUGUACCUUCUACGAGUAGAGACAAUCGAGGUGCACCUACAUGGCGGUAUCAACAACAACAGCAGCAGCAGCAGCCCCAACAACCACAACAACAACAACAGCAGCAGCAGCAGCAGCAGCAGCAGCAACAACCCCAAAUCCCCCAACACAACCUGGACCCUCUGGCUACGGUCAUGAUCGGCAUCUCCCUCCCGUUCGAGAUGAACGGAAAAACCCUGUCAUUCAACCACCGGUGAAUAAAAACAUCCCAGUCAAGGUAAUCGCUACG